AUGCCGCGCUCACCAACACACUCGCUCACAUUGGCCAGAACGCUGUCCAUAGACUCGCUCUGCAUGCAAGACAGUCAAGAUUCUCCGUCGACCGCGCAACGAGAGUACUUCCCACCCUCACCUCCUGCUGCUCUUUAUGUUCACCACCAGCAGACAGCUGGGAACUCUGUCAUGAUAUUGUCAGCCUCUGAUCCAACCACAACAAUGGGCUCUAAAAGACCAGCAGCUUCGGUUCAUCAGUCCAAGCACCUCGACUGGAAGACCCCAUUUUUCAGGGACAAGUGGCUUUGGGAGAUCUCUUGCAUUGUUUUCAGCUUGGCCUGUCUCAUUGCCAUUACAAUUCUCUCUCACGAAUUAGAUGGCACCUGGACUUCGAAAUGGUCGUUCUUCUUGCAACCCAGUACGAUAUUCUCCAUCCUCAUCACAGGCGCCCAGAGCUCCAUGAUAGUCGUCAUCUCCGAGGUCCUCGGCCAGCUCAAGUGGCUGCAAAUAAGCCUCUCAACGGCUCAUUCGGUAGCGGACUUGGCCACUUUCGAUUCAGCCAGCCGAGGACCACUUGGCUCGCUCAGGCUCAUUUGUCGCUGGAAACCCCACAUGAACAUUCUGCCUCCAAUGGUAUAUGCAGCGUCUUUGAUCACGACAGGCGGAAUGGCUAUGGGCCCGUUGACACAGCAAUUGAUCAGUGUCCAAGCAGGCGGCUGGGCUCCAACGAGUGGGAUCAACUCAACCACUGCAGUGGCGAACUACUACAACUAUGAACCCUCAAACCGGGGCAAUCCGAGCCUGCAAAUCGACGGAAACGGGUCCCUUGUCUUCCCCCUAAGUGGGCAGCAGCAUUUCAACAUAGAUCCUUAUUUUCAAGGAGCCUUCUACAACGGCUACUAUCAGUUGGGCGAACCCCUCAUUGACUUCAACUGCCCUUCCAGCAACUGCUCUUGGCCAACCUUCAACUCGUUGGGACUUUGCAGCUCAUGCCAAAACGUGACCGACACCGCCGAGAUCAUUCAACUUGAACGCUUGGCACGCAUCACAACACCUAGGGGUUGGACUUUUCAUAUCGAUGAGGGGACAAAAGUGAAGAGCAUCGCGAAGAUUUCAGCUGUUGGGGUUUCCUUGGACACUAUUUCAGCUCAUCUCGUAUCCACGGCCAUUUUGCAGAGGUCCCCUAACGAUUCAGAAUUCUUUGACGUGCGUCAAGGCCUUGUAAUCACGGAAUGUUCAAUUAGCUGGUGUACGAAACAGUAUAGCAAUGUCACCGUUUUGAAUGGAACACUCCAGGAGUAUUAUUCCAUCCGAGAUGUGGAGCUCAGGCCUGUUGCGAACCAGGCUCUCAGCGGCCUCAACACCAGCAGCAUACAUAUAAGCACUGACGUCUACAAUUGGCCCUUUAUGCUAACACCGGAUAUCGAUGGUAACAAUGUCUCCAGCCCUCUACCCCCUUUCGACCACAGUGAGCUCAAUGUCAGCCUGUACGACCACAUUGCUCUGUCGACAGAUCUCUUCACCAAGCUCAACUUUCUCGACCACACUGUCUCGCCCGGGUUCGGCGAGGGAGAAAAUGUGAGUUCGACUCUCGCGAACAUCGCUAACAGCAUGACCAACGCUAUAAUGAGAUCGGCGAACGAAUCAGUGGCCCUCGGUAUGGUAUGGCAGCAACAGUACGUCGUCAAAGUCCGAUGGGGCUGGUUAACCCUUCCCUAUGCUCUAGUCAUCGGCAGCGCCACCCUGCUUUCAUCGAUGAUAGUUGCGUCGUGGCACUACGAUGUUCCACAGUGGAAAUCGUCCCCAUUGCCGUUACUGUUUCACGGCAUUCGAAAUUGGAACGACGAUGAAGAGCUGGAUUUGGCAAAGGGUCGACUGGAAAGGAUGUACGCGAUGGAGAACAGGGCAAGGUCAAAGAAGGUCCAAUUGCGCAAAUGUCUCGGAGGCGGGAGGUGGUUGGCUGAGUAG